AUGUCUAACUUUCUCAAGAGGGAGAAGCCACGAGGGGAAAAGCAGUCGGUUAGACUACUUACAUUCAACACAUGGGGCUUGAAGUUCAUCUCGAAACACCGCCGGGAACGACUUCAGGCUAUAGCAGAUGAGCUAGCCAACCCGACCACACCCGAUAACGACUAUGAUAUAAUAGCGCUUCAGGAGAUUUGGUGCGAAGAAGACUGGGAGUACUUGAGCCACGUUUGCCGCAAACGAUACCGAUAUCGUCGUAGUUUCAAAUCCGGGAUAAUUACCGGACCCGGCUUGGCUAUACUAUCCAAAAUCCCCAUCGUUGAGACUUUUUUGUACAGGUUCCCCAUCAAUGGCCGCCUGUCGGCUUUCUUUCGCGGUGAUUGGUAUGUCGGCAAAAGUAUUGCUGUGACGAUGUUUCAGUCUCACGAUGAAGGCAGCUUGCCCAUUGCCUUGUUGAACAGUCACAUGCAUGCACCUUAUGGCCACGGAGAUGCAAGCUAUUCCUGCCAUCGAGCUUGUCAAGCUUGGGAUUUUGCCAAAUUGGUGCGGAUGUUGAAAAAGGCUGGUUAUGCUGUUAUGCAAGUUGGCGAUUUGAAUUCCAAGCCCGAGUCGUUGCCCUACAAGAUUUUCACCGUUGAGGGCGGAUUAACUGAUUCUUGGAAUGUCUUGCACCGCGAUAGAUUGAUUCCCAACGAAGAUAUUGCCAAAUUGACCGUGGAAGAUCAGAUCAAGCUUGCUGGUGUCACUUGCAACUCCAGGUUAAACACAUGGAGAAAGGAAAGAGCCAUGUCGGAGGCUUGCAGAUUGGAUUACGCACUCAUUGAUGCUAACAAUAUUACUCCCGUGAAGGCGGAGGUUAAAUUUACCCAUUUGUUACCGCAUCCUUUGCUUUGCUCAUAUUCGGAUCAUUUUGCAUAUAAUGUGGAAGUGUUGGUCAACUCUGUCGAUGAGCUCGUGACUCCAGAGCCAAACCAUAAUCUUGAAGAUAGGGAAACCGUGUACAAGGAGUUGUUGGCGGAGAUCAAGGGGUACAGAACUUACACGAUCCCAUUCCAAGCCGCAUGGAGAAAAGCAUCAUUUAUAUUCGCGUUGCUCAUCGUUAUUGGCAUGCACAUUGGUAUUAUAUUUGUGGCCAACAUUGCCGGCUGGCUAUCGAUUAUUUUCCUACUCAUCACGACACUUGUCAUCAUCGCCGGUAUGCUUAAUGGUAUGAUUUGGUAUUUUGGAGUAAGAUCUGAGCUGAGAGCGCUCCAGGAAGUUCAAAUGGAGGUUGAAGACGCCUACACACACGUCCGGCAAUAUACAAACCCACGCAACGUUGCCCCUUCACUGCGAAAUUCAAAAUACAUACCAAGAGUGCAAGUAGAAGAGGAGCCACUCACCGAGUGA